GUUGUCAAAAAGUAUAUAUGUAUUUGACGUUUUGCCGGAAAGAGGUUCUUUUUAGUCCACAUAUUUUUAAUGGAGGACGUUUCUGCUGUGGCAGAUAAAUAAAAUAAAAAUAAAGUUUGAAUUUAAUUAUAAAAAUGAGUUUGUCGACGGCACGCCCGUUAGUGUCUGUAUAUUCAGAAAAAAAUGAAGCAGUAAAAGAUCGUAAUGUUUGCCUUCCAGCUGUUUUUAAAGCACCGAUUAGACCUGAUAUUGUUAAUGAAAUCCAUCAGUUAAUGCGACGCAAUCGUCGUCAACCAUAUGCCGUGAGCGAGCAAGCAGGUCAUCAGACUUCUGCCGAAUCUUGGGGUACUGGUCGCGCUGUGGCCCGUAUUCCUCGUGUUCGUGGUGGUGGUACUCAUCGUUCUGGUCAAGGUGCUUUUGGAAACAUGUGUCGCGGUGGGCGAAUGUUUGCCCCUACAAAACCAUGGAGAAGAUGGCAUCGCAAGAUCAAUGUAAACCAAAGACGCUAUGCUUUAGUGUCCGCCAUUGCCGCAUCUGGUGUACCAGCUCUUGUUCAAUCUAAAGGUCAUAUUAUUGAUGGAGUUUCAGAAUUUCCUUUAGUUGUAGCAGAUGAUGUUCAAAAAUUGCAAAAAACAAAACAAGCUGUUAUAUUUUUGAGAAGAAUGAAAAUUUGGGCAGAUAUUCAAAAGGUUUACAAAUCACAACGUUUCCGUGCUGGGCGUGGUAAAAUGCGUAAUCGCCGUCGUAUUCAGCGAUGUGGCCCUCUAAUUGUAUAUUCUAAAGAUGAAGGUCUAAGACGAGCUUUCCGCAAUAUUCCUGGUAUAGAAACUAUGCGUGUUGAAAGGAUGAAUUUAUUAAAACUAGCACCAGGUGGUCAUGUUGGACGUUUUGUUAUAUGGACCGAAUCAGCUUUUAAGCGUCUUAAUGAAUUAUUUGGAUCGUGGAAAGCAGCUUCGAAAUUGAAAAAGGGGUAUAAUUUGCCGCAACCUAAAAUGGCAAAUACAGAUUUAUCACGUUUGCUUAAAUCAGAAGAAAUUAGAAAAGUUUUAAGAGAUCCUAAAAAGAAAGUUUUCCGCCGCGUUCGUCGUCUUAAUCCCUUAACCAAUACACGGCAAUUAAUUAAAUUAAACCCAUAUGCAGAAGUUUUGAAACGUCGUGCUAUAAUGGCUUCAGAGAAGAGAAAAGCUGCUAGAGCUAUAGAAAAUGCCAGACGACGCAAUAUUGAAUUACCUAAAUCACAUUUUGCUCUUAGGUUAACAAAACAACAAGAGCUUCGUAAGAAAAUGUUAGCCGCGAAAUUUGAAGAAAGAAAGAAAAAAUUAGCUUCAAAAAAAGCUCAAAAGGGCAAAACUCAACCUGCUGCUGCAACUCCAACAAAAAAAGCGGCACCCAAGAAGAAAUAAAUCCGCAAUAAAUAAUUGUUCAUUGCACGAUAAAUUUUAUUUGCAAAAAUAAAUGAUAAAUAAAUAAUGCAUUCAUUUUUAAUAUGCAA